GUACGUGGACACUGACAGAGCUGAGUGAGGUGCUCAAGGUGCCCGUGACAUCGCUGAAGCGCAAGAUGACGCUGUGGCUGCAGCAGGGGGUCCUGCGUGAAGACCCCCAGGGCACCUUCACCGUGAUUGAAGAGGAGCAGAAGGACCAGGUGGAGAAGGUGGUUCUGAUAGACAGCGACGAGGAGGGGGACUCUGCCAUGGCGUCACAGGCUGACCAGAAGGAGGAAGAGCUGCAGCUCUUCUGGACGUACAUCCAGGCCAUGCUGACCAACCUGGAGAGCCUGUCCCUGGAGAGGAUUCACAGCAUGCUGAAGAUGUUUGUGAUGACAGGCCCAAUGGUUACAGAAAUCGAUACUCAAGAGCUGCAGGGUUUUCUCCAGAAAAAGGUCCGGGAUCAGCAACUCAUCUACUCCGGAGGCGUCUAUCGCCUGCCCAAGAACUGCAACUAG